AUGCAUUCCAAACAAGUCGCCAUUAAAUGCCAACCAGAAGUAUUACAUCACUUCUGCUUGGAGCAGAACAAUUUCAAGAAAGAGAAGCUUCAAGAAGAAGAUAUUUCUCAAUCAAAUGGAUCAUACCAUUGCCACAAUAACAACAGCAGAGCGUUUGAUGCUCGGCAAAAAGAACAGAAGCAGGCCAAAAGAAAACUUUUCAUGGCAGCAGCGAUUUGCUUCACCUUUAUUAUUGCUGAAAUUGCAGGAGGCUAUCUUGCUGGAAGCCUUGCUGUUGUAACAGAUGCUGCUCAUCUUCUGGUGGAUUUGUCCAGUUUUUUUAUCAGUAUUGGUUCACUCUGGUUAUCAACAAAGCCUGCAACUAAAAGACUAAACUUCGGAUGGUAUAGAGCAGAAAUUGUUGGUGCCUUAUUGUCCAUGGUUACUAUCUGGGUGGUCACUGGAAUUUUAGUGUACCUCGCUUGUGAGAGGAUAAUGCAUCAAGAUUACAACAUUGAUGGAACUGUAAUGCUCAUUACGUCUGUCUGUGCGUUAUUUGCCAAUUUAAUCUUGGCUUUUAUUUUGCACCAAACAGGACAUGAACACAGUCACAUAGGAGGACAUCAUGAACAUAUUUCCUCUGGUUACAAGCCGCAAACCAACGCAAGCAUACGUGCUGCUUUUAUACACGUCAUUGGGGAUAUCUUUCAGAGCAUUAGUGUACUUAUAAGUGCAUUAAUAAUAUAUUUUAAGCCAGAGUACAAGAUAGCCGAUCCAAUCUGCACUUUUAUAUUUUCCAUUUUUGUAUUAGCCACGACUGUUACCAUAUUACGAGAUGUUCUAAUUGUCUUAAUGGAAGGCACUCCUGGGGUGAUUGAUUACAGUGCUGUGAAAGAGAAUAUUCUAGCAGUGGAUGGGGUUAAAUCAGUUCACAGCCUUCAUCUGUGGGCUUUGACAAUGAAUCAAGUAAUCCUUUCAACUCAUGUAGCCACAGAUAGCACGGCUGACUCCAAGAAAAUGUUAAAGGAGGUUACCCAGAGUUUAUUUGAUAAUUUUCCCUUCCAUUCUGUCACCAUUCAAGUUGAGCCAAUAGAAGAACAGAUGCCUGAAUGUAUAUUCUGCCGUGAACCGAGAUGAAUGAAGUAUUUUACAUCACACAUCUGCAUAUUAAAUGUAUUAUAGUAGUUUUGUUUACCAAAAGCGAUUUGUCAGUAUUUCUAGAAAGUUGUUGAGCUUUUUGCAAGGAGAGUGUAAACCAUAGUAGUUUAAAUUCUGGGAUCACUGAUGGAUUUCCAGAAAUUUAAAGGGACAUGAAACCAUUUUUUUUUUCAUGACUCAGAUAGAACAUGCACUUUUAAACCACUUACUAAUUUGCUUAUAUUAUCACAUUUUUUUUUUGGUUCACUUUCUAUCCCUUGUGGAAAUGCAGGGAUAUACCCUUAGGAGCAUGCUGAUGUCUGAAUAAUUAUAUGACAGCAGUUUUUCAAGAAUGUUAUCCAAAUGCAAGAGCACUAAAUGGCAGCACUAUGUCCUGUCAUGUAGUGCUCCAGUCAUCUACCUAGGUAUCUCUUCAACAAAGAAUAAAGUGGGAACAGUACAGAUUUGAUAAUAGAAGAAAAUCAGAAACUUUUUAAAUGAUAUGCCCUGUCUGAGUCACAAAAGAAAAUUGUUGGGUUUCAUAAACUAACCAUAAUUAAACUAACCAACAUAAAAAGCAUUAUAUUUGAUUUUACUUACUAGUGAAGGGGAAACACUCAUCUUGAACAAAUGCUCAGAUCUGCAAAAGUCCUUCAAACCGCAACAUUGUUCUUCAGCUUAAAGGGCCAUAAUACCCAAAUGUUUAAACACUUGAAAGUGAUGCAUAGCUGUAAAAAGCUGUCUAGAAAAUAUCUCCUGGACAUCUCUAUGUAAAAAAGAAAGAUAUUUUUACCUCAAAAGUUCCUCAGUAGCCACCUCCCAUUGUAAAGGAUUUCUAAGCAGCAUUUUAGUGUGUCUGUCCUGGGACAGCUUAGGGGAUGAGCCUCGUGAACUCUCAUAUUAUUUCACCAAUCAGGUAAAGGAAGCUUACUAUGAAAUCUCAUGAGAGUUAAGUCAAAUCUCAUGAGAUCGCAGUAAGAGUUCAUGACCUCAGCACUGCUGAUGCUGAUUGGCUGCUGUUCAUUUCUUCAUUUUUUUUUUAAUUUUUACCUGCAGCUGGGAACAGCUGAGUAUAACUUUUUACACAGAACUUACUCUGCUGAGCUGAGGAAAUUGUGAGGUAAAAUAUCUUCCUUUUUUACAUAGAGAUGCUCAGGUGAUAUUUUCCUGUCAGCUUUUUACUGUUAUGCUGCAUCAGUUUCAAGUGAUUUAGCAAAUGAGUUUUAUGUCCCUUUAAAGGGACAUGAAACCCAAAGUUUUUAUUUCAUGGUUUAGGUAGAAAAUACGAUUUUAAACAUCUUUCCAGUUUACUUCUAUUAUCAAAUUUGUUUAAUUGACUUGGUAUCAUUUGUUGAAGAAGCAGCAAUGCACUACUGGUUUCUAAUUGAACACAUGGGUGAGCCAAUGUCAAUCGGUGUGUAUAUAUAUAUAUAUAUAUAUAUAUAUAUAUAUAUGCAGCCACCAAUCAGCAGCUAGAACCUAGGUUCUCUGCUGCUCCUGCGCUUCCCUAGAUAAACUGUUCAGCAAAGGAUAACAAGUGAUUGAAGCAAAUCAAAUAAUUGAACUAAAUUGGAAAAUUGUUUAACAUUGUAUGUUCUACCUAAAUCAUGAAUGUCUAAUUAUGACUUUAUUGUCUAUUUAAGUUGUUCAAAAAUCAAUCUUCCAUGGAACCACCUUAAAAUAUAUAGUAGAUCAUGAUUUUCUGUUGUGGUAUAGAGAGGCCCCAUCAGUCAUAUUGGGCCUAAUAGAAAGUAUUAUGUAGUUGAGAUAAUGUAUCCAUUUUAUCUGAAAAGUAAAUAUUUGAUAUCUUCACUGAACAGAUUCAGGGGUCUAUAGAAAGACAAUUACGUGAGUCUUAUUUGCUGUUGACUUUAUAUUUGAUCUUGAUAUUUGAAAAUGUAUUUGUUAACUAAUCUUUGUUUGUCAAGACUGUAUUUAAAUGGACAUUAAACUCUAAAUAAAUGCUA